CUUUCUGAUUUUUUUUUUGGGGUAUUUCAUCGGCUGCUGCUUACAAGUGACCUUGUUCUUCGUCGAUCUUGUUUUAGAAUUUAAUAAUAAGUGAAAUAUGCUUUUUUUUUUCGGAAAUCUCUUUUUUCUUCCCAGUUCUAUGUAAUAAUUGAGGGUCUGGAUGGUUUCGGUGGUUGGAUGAUUUGAGCUGUUCCUUUUGUUCUUUUCUCACAUCUUCUUUGCAAUUUUGCGAAUGAUUUUCCCGGAUUUGCUGUGAUCUGUUGAUGGGUUUGGUUAAAGUUUGCUCUUUGAUGAUCUGGAACAUCCGUUUGGCACCUUGGGUUGGUUUUUGACCUUUAAAUAGUGAUAAAGGGAAGAAACUCUCGAGCUUUUGUAGCUUUCUGAGAAAUUUUCGUGUAAAGAAGAUAUAGAAACAUGGAGAAUCAGGUCUCUUCCUUCGAUGCGUUACCAUUGAAUCCCAUCGGAGAAUCGAGGCUAGAGCUAGAUGAGGAAGACUUCAGAAGCUGUUGUGGAGAUGAAGAGGUAUGGUUGAAGGAGAGUGAUGAUAUGGUUAAGGUUGCAGAGGAGAAAAAAGACGAACUUGAUGAAUUUUCAGCCAAGAUGUUCUUCAAGGGCGUUUCCAUGUCACAAGGGGGAGGAGAUUCAGGUUCUGGAUCUUCAGGGAUAGGAGUUAUCUUGGAGAGAUCAGCUGAUUUUGCGGAGAUUAAGGUGCAGAAAAGAUUGGAUUUUUAUGCAGAAGGGUCAGUGGCUGAGUACUUGGCCUUGAUGGAUGGUCUUGUAGUAGCUUUGCAGAAUAAUAUUUGCCGUGUGUUCGCUGCUACUGACUCCGAGUUGCUUUAUAAUCAGAUAAUGCGUGAGGAGAAGCUCGAAAACCCGCUUUUGGUAGCUCUGAGGGAAAGAAUACUCGAGCAUACGAGCAAUCUAGAGACUUUUGUUCUGAAUCUUGUUCCUCCUUGUGAUCUCGAGCAGUCUCUUAACCUGGCUCAUGUGGCCAUAGGAAUGAUUUCUUCCUCAGUUGAUGGCAGCGAUGAAUCAGUAGAGAACUGCACUGUCUGCUGCGAGGACCGUCUAUCCUUGAUGAUGAUUACGUUUAAAUGCACCCACAGAUUCUGUUCACUUUGCAUGAAAACAUACGUCGACGGGAAAGUACAGUCCUCUCAAGUCCCCAUCAGGUGCCCUCAGCCUCGUUGCAAAUACUAUGUCUCCACUGCAGAAUGCAAAACAUUCCUCCCCGUGUCUUCCUAUGAAUUGUUCUCAAAAGCCUUGGAGGAAGCAAAUGUGAGGAUGAACGACAAGAUUUACUGCCCGUAUCCAAACUGUUCUGUUCUGAUUGACCCGCAUGAAUGUUUGUCCGGGAGGGCGAGUUCCUCUAGUCAGUCUGAGGGUAAUUGUAUCGAGUGCCCAGCUUGCGAGAGGUUUGUCUGCGUGGAAUGUGGUGUUCCUUGGCAUUCUUCCAUGAGUUGCGUCGAGUUCCAGAAUCUCCCAGUGGAGGAAAGGGAUGCUGCCGAUAUUACGUUGCAUCGCCUUGCUCUGAAUAAGAGGUGGAGGCGGUGCCAGCAAUGUCGUAGAAUGAUCGAGCUCAUUCAAGGGUGCUACCACAUGACGUGCUGGUGCGGACAUGAGUUCUGCUACUCAUGCGGAGCAGAGUACAGGAACGGGCAACAGGCGUGCCAUUGCGCCUUCUGGGAAGAAGAUCAAGUGAACUCUGACGAGGAAUCCUCGGCCGAAAACUCCGUCCAUGAAACCGAGCAAUGGCCGUGGGACACUUUUAGCUCAUUCCCCAUUGUCAUGGAUGCGUACACUGAGCAGGAACACUCUCAGCUCGCCCUAAUCCAGCGUUUCUUGGCCGGGGGGUUCAGCCUCAGUGACCACCACACGUACCAGUCGCCGCCCCGUUGUACGGAGUCAUCAUACGUAGAAGCCGCCAUGAAAGACCUCCAUCAGCUUCCAUGGCUCGAGAGGUUCGUGUCUGUCAUAAGCGAUGACUACUACGAGGAGUACAACCAGUGAGGCUGGAUGCUGCCUAGGGGUAAAAGGGUCAUUUCCGGCUUCCCGGAUCAAGGGUGACGGCGUUGCAAGAGUUCCUCGCUCUUAGACGGCUCCGGUCACCGGAUUCCGGCGAAAGAAUUUGUGGUUUAUAGAUUCUUGAUGCUCUCAGAACCCAACCAGUGAGGGAACUGUUUGGAAAAGCAAAGAAAGUCUGAUCAUUUACAUGUUUUUUUAUAUAUAUAUAUAUAUUCUUCAUGCGAAAUGAUUAAUGUUCCUAAGAAUUUAUAUGGAAUAAAGAAUAUUUGGUUUAUUUUCA